AUGAGCGCCGCUGUAGUAAACGAGGACAUUGACGAAAGUUGGUUUAAAAACGCCGAUAACCUUCUGAUCGAUGACGAUAUCCCUUUGGAUUAUAAUAAACUUAGUUCUGCUGAAGAUGUUGAGUUCUUCAAAUUAUUAGAAGCAGAUUCGCUAAAAUAUACUGGGAAGAUAAGUGCGCAGCAGGAAGAAAAAGAAAAUCAACAACCACUACAACAGGGUAACGAAACAUUUUUGCGUGAUUUUAGAGGUGAUGUAUCUGAGCGUGUAGAAGAAAUUAAAAUGACACAAGAACAAGCCGACACGGAAACGAAACUUUCAGAAGAGCCUGUAUAUAAGUUUGGCGAGAAUGAUACAGAGCUCUUAUCAGAGGAAAUCGGAUUACAUACAGCUGAUGAAUCUUUCAAUGAAAAUGUAAUUGUUCUUGAAGAUGAUGAUUUAGAUAACAUCGAUGACGGGGUCAUACCUGAUGAUUUGGAAAAUGAAUCAGACCUUUAUUUCGGUAAGCAAUCACCCCCAAAAGAAAAUGACGAUUCAAAUAGUGGACAAUCCCUGACAAAAACACAAGAUCGUGAGGUGGUGUUGACAUUUUUAGAUUCAACCAUUGACGAUUUUCGAUUAGUUUUGUCUCAGGACAAUAAAUAUUCACAAGAGUUUACUCUUGGCAAAAUUGUUAAUGUUCAUAAUAAAUAUCGAAAAUCUCGUGAUCUUAAUACGGCAGAUCUUCACGUAGUAAUGACUUUACAAGACAGAUUCAUUUCACAGUACCGAAAAUAUGAUGAUGUCGCCGGCGAGAGGGCGCAAAAUCCAAUUAUCGUCGGAGACUCUUCACCUGAACCCUUCGAUGAUGGCGAUAAUGUUUUGCCAACAUCUCCCGGUGAAGACGUCACAAGAAAAAUAGGCCAAGUAUCUGGGACAGGUAAUUCAUUUUUUAAACCAUCAAAAGACGCGUCUUUGCCACUGUCUAAAGAUGUAAAUGACGAACAAUUCAACGGUAUUAGAGAAGUAAAUGAUGAUCUUCCUCCUUAUUCCGGUGACGAAGAUGACGGUAGUGUAUGGGAAAAUGAUGAGCAUGAAUUUUAUGACGAAGAUUCUCAAACUUAUCAUCAAACGCAAGGGUCGUAUAGUGAAACCGAUGAGUUAUAUGUUGGUGCACAAGAGCCUUAUGUAGAUUUAGGUGAUGAUGAAGUGAAACCUCUUGAUGAACAACUAGAAUCAAAUGAUCUACCUAGUGAUAAACAUAAUGACUUACGUGAAGAUAUUUUUAAUGAAGACCCAUUAAAUGACAUUAAUGAUUUAGCUGAGAACUUUGAUGAAUCUUCAUCCUAUUACGAUCAAACACUAGAUAAUAGUAAUAUUAUUAAGGGGGGUAUAGACGUUGAAACGUCAGAAAUAAAUGAACAAAACAUUUUAGAGAUGUCAAAGGAGCCUGAAGAGGAUAUUGACGACAAUAUACCAUCAAUAACAGAACUUGGUGACGGUAAGGAAUAUGAUUUCUCAAGUGUGUAUGAUUCAAAAGAAAAUGAUCUGCUCGCUCCGAUUGAUGACGAAUGGGCGGCUGAUUAUACUGCAAGUGAGUUUGAUCCAACGAUAAAUGAUAAUGAGAUAAGUGAUAAUGAGACAAUAGUCUCCCAAGGAAAACGAGAGAGACCUGACGCGGACGAUAAUGAAGACGCUAACAAGAAGGCUCGUAUAGAUUGA